UACAAUAGUGAUGCACGUUCAUCAUCUUAUGCUUCCUGUAGAAACGAGAUGUGAAUGUGUGUAAACACCAACUUUAAUUUAAUCAGAAAAGUACCAGUGUUUAGUAUACAAUAUUAUAUAUAACCGUUGAAAAUGCUUCUGUUUUGCCCAACUUGUGGGAAUGUGUUAAUCGUAGAGGAGGGACAAAGAUGCUUCAGGUUCGCGUGUAAUACAUGUCCAUAUGUGCACAACAUCACGAGGAAGGUAAAUAACAGAAAGUACCCUAAACUGAAGGAGGUUGAUGAUGUUCUCGGGGGCUCCGCUGCUUGGGAAAAUGUGGAUUCCACUGCAGAACCUUGUCCAAAAUGUGAGCACCCAAGGGCCUACUUUAUGCAGAUUCAAACUAGGUCUGCUGAUGAACCAAUGACAACUUUCUACAAGUGCUGCAAUCUACAAUGUGGGCAUCGUUGGAGAGAUUAAAUCAGUUUUGGACUUCCUUUGAGACUCAGAACAUGUUCAUAAUGUAAUAUUCUGUUUUCAUAUAGAAAAUGUUAUAUUUAUUUCUUUUGCAGCCAAAAGCAUGUCAUCAUUUAUAUGGAUUAAAAACCUUGGACGCCCUUUACACAUUAACUUUAUUCACUAACUGCAACAGCAUGUGUAUUUAUCAUAACUGAUUUACAGCUGGGUUGUUCUGGCCUCAUGGCUGUUUUUGUGUGUGUGUGUGUGUGUGUGUGUGCAAGUAAUAAAAUGACUACUCAUA